AUGAUCGCCACGUUUUGCGAGCUGCUGCUGACUCUGUGGCUCCUGGGCCAUCCUGGGCUGCUUCCGGUGCACGGAAGCACGGUCCCACACUCGGUGGAGGUACGCAUCCGGGAGGAUCCGGACCUGUCGCAGUUUUACUCGCUGAUCGAGCAGGAUGACGACCUGCUGCUCCAGUUGAAACACCGGUCACUGACCGUGUUCGCUCCGUCCAACCGGGCCUUCCAGCGUUAUUCCGGCAACAAGACCCACGUCCGGUAUCACAUAACGACCAAAGCGAUCAAGCUGAAGGAGCUGGGUGACACGGUGCUCACGAUGCUGAACGGGAACCCGCCGCUGUACGUGACGCGUCGUAAGGCGGCCCGGGACUCGGGCUACGCUCGCGAGGAGAUUUUUAUCAACAACGCCAUGGUGCUGCUCGAACGGUCGGAUUACAACUACACUAGCGACAUCAACAAAAAGCAGGUACUGCACAUCAUCGACGACGUGCUGACUCCGGUCGGCAUCGGGCCGAACGAAACGCGUUUCUCCUACAAACUCGAUGCCUGGGAUCUGCUGCUGCACGCUGAAUCGAUCCCGGGUCUGGCACCACAGCGCGUCGGCGCCUUCCGGAAGAAGGUAUCGGUGCUGCAGCAGGAGCAGAUCUUCCGAGCGCCCGGUCUCUUCACGUUCUUCAUUCCGGUGGAGUCACACUCGAAGGUGAGGUCCAGCAUGACGCGGCUCGACCGGAUGGCGCUCGAGGGCCACAUAGUACCGGGCCGGGCCCUGUUUACCGUGCCGGCACCGUACGACGAACCGUUCCCGACGCUGGCGUUUGGUGACAACACCAAGAUUACGGUCAACCUCAUCCAUUACGGCACCGGCCGGGAAUCUCGAGUUUUUGUGAUGUCGCGUACGAUGCUGACCAACUCGCGGCUCUCGUCCGGCGCGGUGGUGGCCGAAAUCGUCAAGGCCAACAUUCCGGUCACCAAUGGGGUGGUGCACCUGAUCCACCGGCCGCUCGUGAUCGUUGACAUGAAGAUCUCGCAGUUCCUGCAGGAGCAGGAGGACGGUAUCGUGUCCAAGUUUACCGAGCUGAUCGAAGAUUACGUACCGGAGUUUUUCCAGCUCCUGCAGUCGUCCGCCAGCAAGACGCUGCUGGUACCGGACAACGAUGCCGUGAACCGCAUCAUCGGAUCGAACUUCUUGACUGACCGCAAAAAGAUGCAGGAGAUACUGGCGAUGCACCUGAUCCGCGACUCGAUGCCGAUCGACAAGAUCAAGCGAGCCAACCAGGCCCAGUUGUACCAAAUCCCGACCGCUUCGCGGCGCAUGUUCCUGUACUUUAAUGUGCUGGAAAACCGGGAAACGCGCGACCAGCGGGUGACGGUCGAGGGCGGUGGCGUAAACGCGACGGUACUGCUGAACGAUAUCACCGCCAUCGACGGCUACAUCCACAUCAUCGAUCGCGUUCUUGGUCUACCGUAUAUGACCGUGCAGCAGAAGAUUGAAUCGGACCCGAUGCUCAAUCUCACCAACCACUUUGGGCGACUAAACGGUUUCAACCAUCAGCUAGGCAAGACGACCAAGCGGUACACGUACUUCGUGCCGCGUGACAAGGCCUGGAUUCAAUGGUUCUACGACCAUCCCGCCGCCCGGCUCGACUCGUUCGUGCGGAACUUCAAUCAGACGCGGGCCGUUCUCGAGCGCCACCUGAUCGUCGCGGACCGGGUGUUCAGUAUGGGCGAGCUGAAAAACAUGUCUAUCGAGACACUGAUUCUGCCUACCAUCGGCCCGGUUCCGCUGCGUAUUCGCGUCCGAGAGGAGGAUCGUCGCUUUUUCAUGCAAUGGAGGGACACGGGCAAGUGGAUCAACGUGUUCCGCCACGACGUCGAGUGUACCAACGGGCUGAUACACGUCAUCGAUGCGCCGUUUCUGUUGGACGAGGAUCUAUCGGGCGAUACCAGCCGCGGGACCCGGCUAGUCGCCAGUCGCGAUUGGCCCCUCCUAGGUGCUGUCCUAGGAGCUUCACUCAUCACCAGCGUGCUGACGCAACUCUUCGCACGCUCGCGCCAGCAGCAGCAGUGGUAGAUCCGCGUGCACGACUCGGGCGCCGCCAUAGCUUGUCAUAUGAUUUCAUUCCAUCGUGUCCGUGUGCUUGUCCGUGAACUAUUUGAACUGUGCAGUAUUUUUUGGAACCUACAGCUCCCAGGUUAAUUCGUCCGUCGUCAGUUUGUUUCCUGCCUGUGUACUCUCUCUCUCUUGCUCUUUAUCUCUGUAGCUGUUAAUAUGAUUAAGUUAAGAUUGAUUAAGUAGACGUGUUCGACGUUAGGUCGCUCAGUUAGGAGCAAACGGCAAAAGGCGUUCGUCCCUUAGUUAUUACCACAUGGAAGUAUUUCUUGCGAAUUCGGCGAAAUUAAAACAUUCCAGUGAGAGAUAGCGAGGCAAAGAUGAAGAAAGAAUCCAAAGUCCGAAGAAUCUCAUUCAAGAAGCAAACCAAAAGGGCGUUUCACAUUAAUUCUCGAUGUAAAUAGAUCUCCAGAUUCGCCCACUUUUCUCCAAUCUAACGUCAUUGUUAGAUGAUGCUCUGCUCCCUUACAGCCAGCCAUCUGUCGCAUCUAUUACAAGCCUUACGACGCCAUUUCGAGAUGCCUCUGGUGUGCCUUACGACAACAAAAACCGAACGCAGUGGUGGUAAUAUUUACUUCGAUAAUACAUAAUGACCGUGACCGUUGUGCGAUAUUACUACUACUAUAUGUACGAUGCCUUAAUCGAUGCGCCAGUGUUGCCAACGGAGGUGGCUGCCUGGGGUGGAAAAUGCAUUUAUAUUUACCGUGCUUACCAGUUCUGACUGCACAGGAACAAUAGGGGGAAAGCAUAAACACUUGAACGUUAGUUGUUUAACGGGUUGGCCAGAAAGAACGCUGGUGAAACGAAAGGUUGAGAAAAAGAGAGAGAGAGAGAGAGAGAGAAAAAGGGACGGUGAUAGAAGGAGAUAUUUAAGGAUUAUUGUUGUUUGUUGUUUUGCGUGCUGUUUUCCAUAGCAGUUUUUCCAAGAUCUUUCGUACAGUUGCCAUUCUUUCUUCCACUAUUCCCAUUUCGCUAGUUUCCGGACUCGAUCGGGAUGGCGAAAGCUCUCUUCUGCCCUCACCCCUCCCUCCCUCUCUUUCUCUCGCUCUCUUACGCUUGCCCUCGCUUGUUUCGUGGAGUCGUUUCGCAAUCCUCUUGCAUGGGAGGUAAUUAACAGUAUCUUAAUCAGUACAACCUAUGAACUCCGGGGCGUAAAGCUGUAUUUACAAAAGAAAGAACAAAAAAAUUGCCAAAAUUGUAUGAAUGUGUGUAUUCGUGUGUGUGUGUGUGUGUGUGUUUAGGAAUCUCUCCAUUUCCACCUCCAGCGCGUCAAGCCGGGGAGUUGGAGUUUGCGGGUUUUCAUUGUUUCUUUUACACAUAACUCUACUCCAAUUAGAUAGUAAGUUGCGCGCAACAUGCGCCAGGGCACCGUAGGCGGUGCGACUUGCGAAAGAAACUCAACUUAACAACAACAAUGUGCAACAGGGCGUUGGGUAGCGCUUUAAUAUGCGAAA